GACCACGAGGAGGUCGAGCAGGGGGCUGACUUGGUCGAGACCAGCGCGGCGGAGGAGGCUGCAGCUGCGGCAGAGGAGGCUGCAGCUGCGGCAGAGGAGGCCCCCCCCCCGAAGCGGGGCCGCAAGGCGACAGCUGCGCCAGACGACGGCCACGAGAUCCUUGACGCCACGGUCGCCAAGGGCAAGAAGAUGGACAAGAAGGCCAUCGCUGUGGACGCCAGCUCGGGCUCAGAGGGCGCGGCCAGCAGCGCGCGCGGCCCCGUCAGCAGCGGCCCGAGCAGCGCGGCGAGCAGUGCCGCGGGCAUGGGCGACGACGAGAUCCCAGCGGGCCUCUUCGACGACAU